AUGUCAAAUAAAGUUAUUUUAUUUGGUGAUUUAAUGUCACAACCAACAAGAGCAGUAUUAUGGUUUAUGAUAUUAAAUAAAAUACCAUAUGAAUUUCGUUUAAUUUCAAUUAGAAAUAUGGAACAAAGAUCAAAAGAAUUUGAAAAAAUUAAUCCAUUUAAAAAAUUACCAGUAAUUCAAUAUGAAAAUCAAAGAUUAUUUGAAAGUCAUACUAUAUUAAGAUGGUUAUCACAACAAUUUAAAUUACCACAAUAUUAUGAUUACAAUGAUUUAAAUAAUAGAUGUAAAGUUGAUAUGUAUUUAGAUUGGCAUCAUCUUGGUUUAAGAAAGGCAACAGCGGGUUUAUUCUUUCAAAAGUUUAUUUUACCAAAAUUUGGUAAAUCCGAAUCUGAAGAUAUGGUAAAAGAUGCAGAAUUAAAUAUUCCAAGAGCAUUCAAAGAGAUUGAAUCAAUAUUUUUAGCAAAUGGUAAUAAUAAUUAUUUAAUUGGUGAUCAAGUUACAAUCGCUGAUUUCUCAUGUUAUUGUGAAAUUAAUCAAUUGGAAGCAUUAAAUUUUGAUUUCAAACCUUAUCCAAUCCUUACAAAUUGGAUGGAAAGAAUGAAACAAUUUAAUGGUUUUGAGGAAUCUCAUAAAAUUAUUCAUAAAAUUGCUUCACAAUCAAGAUUGUAA